AUGUAUUCUCAAAGAAAAAGAAGCCCCAGGCCUUAUGCUGAAAGAAAUAAUUCAAGUAAUUCUUUGAUUAGUAGCGCUGCACUUUCACACAAUAUGACUGCUACUACCGAUAAAAUAAAAAACAGCAGCAAUACCUCAGCCUCUAUUAAAAAUAAUGAUAUAUCGGAAGAAGAAUUUAAUCAACCGUUUGAUGAAUUUGACUUGGAUGAUAUUGUUCCAGUUUUAUCCGGCGAACAUCACCUUCAUAAAAAUAAGAAUGCAUUUAUAACUUCAACAAUAACUAAUUAUAUUACUAGGAAACGAUUAAAAACAUUCUUAUUGGGAUUUUUAAUUAUUGGAUUGCUUUUUUUCUUUGGCAACUUUUGGCAUGGCAGUAAUAACACUUUUUCUGCUAGUAAAACUAGUUCGAUCUAUUAUGAUCCAAAUGACAAAAGACCGAAAUCAUUUAAUAUAACUGAUGUAUUUGAUGGCACGUUUGCAUAUUAUGAUAAAAAUUUUGCUUUCAUUAGACCACCCGCUCCUUUAAACUUUGAUGUUGAUCCUGGAUUAUAUUACACCACUGUUAAAGGUUCUGAUAAUAAAUAUAGAAUAAACGUUAAAAAGCUGGCUGAUAAAAAAUUUCUUCAAGAUUUAGGGCCUUUAGAAUUUGAAUAUAAGGGGAAAACCUAUCAGAUAUCCGAAUUUCAACUUUCCUUUUAUUUGGACAAAAUGCUUAUAGCUACUGAUAUACAGAAAAAAUACAGGCAUUCGUCGGUGGCACAUUAUUGGCUUAAAGAUAUGGAAACUAGUAUAAUAGAACCAAUCACAUUGGAAAAGCAAAAUGGACCAAGCAGCGCUGAUAACCUGAUUUUUCUAAGAUAUGCUGAUUUUUCCCCCCGUUACAACUUUGUUUAUUUUGUUGAUGCUGAAAAUAACGAUUUGCAUAUGUUCAAUGUAGUUGGCGACGGUACUGUUAUAUCUUUGACAAACGACGGUUCUGUAAACGUUUUAAAUGGUGUCACCGACUGGGUUUAUGAGGAAGAAGUAUUGGCCACUGAUAAGGCGGUUUGGUGGUCCCCGAAUGAUGACAAAAUAGUUUUUAUCAAAUUGGACGACACGAACGUGGAGGAAUAUGUGUUUCCUAAAUACAUCAGCAAGGAUGGUAGUAUGUUAAAUGAAUUUAGUUUUGUUAACUAUCCCAGACCCGGUGGAGAAAUUCCAAAAGUCACACUGCUCAUGUUUGAUUUGAAAAAUAACGUCUUGUCACAAUUUGAUGAGGAUAUUUUUGAUGAACCAAUUAUAUACAACAUCCAUUGGGUGGAUAACGUCAAUUUGUUGGUUAAAAUGACAAAUAGAAUUUCUUCAGUAAUGGCUACAAUUCAUUAUUUUGUAGAUCCUGAAAGCGGCGAAUGGAAUAAACAAUAUUUGAGAACUUUAGAUGCAGGUCAAAUUUAUGAUGGUUGGAUUGAACGACAAAAGAAAAUUAUUAAUAUUCCUAAUAUGAAAACAAGUGUGGAGGAAAAUAUUCAAACUGAUACAGACGAUUCUUUAUUUUUUAAUCCUACCGGAUACACUGAAAUACAACCAGAUGAUUCUGGGUAUGAUCAUAUUUUUUAUUACCCUAACGUUCAUGAUUCCAAUAAUUUUUUUCAAUUAACUAAAGGUGAUUGGGAAGUGCAAGAAAUAUUGGGCUAUGACCAGUCUACCAAGACCUUAUUUUUUACUGCAAAUGAAAUUGGACCAAUGUCCAAACAUUUAUAUGCUGUGAUUAUUGAUGCUUUAACUUCUAAUCCAGAAAUGAUAAUUUUGCAAAACCCUAAUAAUAAAUAUGACUAUUGUGACUUUAUCUUGAGCUCCAGCACCAGGUUCGGUAUCAAAAAAUACUUGGGCCCAAACGUUCCACAAACUUUUGUUGGAACUUUUACUGAACUCUAUAAUGAACUUACUUUAGAAAGGGAUCAGUCUGUAAUAAAAUUAACUGUUGAUGACAAAAUAACAGAUGCUAUCUCUUCUGACAGCUAUGAUAUUCCAAGGACAGCUUAUAAGACAAUGCUUUUAGAAGAUAAUGUGGUCAUUAAUUAUAUAGAAACAUUGCCGCCCAAGUUUAAUCAUGAACGUAAACAUCCAUUGCUAAUUAAUGUUUAUGGUGGUCCUGGAUCAAAUAGGUAUACCACAAAGUUUAAUUUAUUUUUUGAAAGCAGUGUAUCAUCUUCAAUGGAUGCUAUUAUUUUACAAAUUGAGCCUAGAGGUACUGGUAAUAAGGGUUGGAAUUUUAAGAGGUGGGCUAAGGGGAAUUUAGGAUAUUGGGAGCCAAGGGAUAUUGUUGCCGUUACAAAAAAGUAUAUUGAGGAAAAUCAGAAGUCUAUUGAUGAAGAACGUGUAGCUAUUUGGGGCUGGUCCUAUGGCGGAUUUACAACAUUGAAAACCUUAGAAUUUGAUAAAGGAGAACUUUUCAAAUAUGGCGUAGCGGUUGCUCCAGUCACUGAUUGGACUUAUUAUGACUCUAUUUAUACUGAAAGAUACUUGGGUUUGCCCGAUAUUGAAGAAUCAAACAGUUAUGAGCAUGCCAUUAUUUCGGAUUUUAAUAGCUUUAGGUUUAUUAAGAAAUUUUUGAUUGUCCACGGUACUGCUGAUGAUAAUGUCCACAUUGCAAACACUUACAGCUUCUUAGAUCACUUAAUUGAAAAUAACAUAAUGAAUUACGAUCUACAGAUCUUUCCCGAUUCAGACCAUUCGAUUAGUUUUCAUAAUGGUAUGAGAGUUGUAUAUACUAGAUUAUUCAACUGGAUAGGGGACGCCUUCAACGGGAAGUAUGAUAGGUAG